AUGUUCGGCAUCCUGGGCGCCCGCGACCGCAGCGACGGCACUGAGGAAUAUGCCUCGUUCGACGAGCUCUUCGCGGCGCUGAAGACGCGCAUGCAAAAAGAUGGGUACAAGGUCGUCAAGUCACGUACCCAUCGAAACAAGGUCGGCGGCACCUACGAGAAAGGAAGCGAGGUCGUCAGAUGUGAUCUCGUCUGCGAUCGUGGUGGCCAGCCUUACAAAUGCACAGCGACGCAGCUGAAGACAUCCACCAAGAAGACCAAUUGCCCUUGGAAGGCCAAAGCCGUCAAUCGUAAGACGCUGGGGAAAUGGAUCUUGACCAUCAUAUGCAGCGAACACAACCAUGAAGCGCGUACGCCCGACCCGCCGACCGAUGAGGAGGAUGCUGAUGCGGAGGGAGAUGCCGACGUCGUUCAGGACGUAUCAAUUGUUCCGGAAGUGCAAAACUCUGGUCCGGCGCCAGAUCCUACAACAGCUGCCCUCCUUCUCAUGGUGGGAGCCGCUCCCAACACGAUGCGACUUACCGGCGAGACCUUUCACAACUUCAAGUCCGAGUACCGCAAGAUGUCGAAACCUGAACGCCUGGGUAUACUAGCCCAGAUGCAACUGCGCAUCGCAGCCAUAUAUGCCGUCGAGAACGAGGAUAUGCAGAGACAAGAAAGGCAGGCUAGGCAGGAGAAGAAGCAUCAAGAGAUCGAAGAAAGUCGACGCAAAUCGCAAAGCACACAACAGCCGCAGCAGCAACAGCAGCAACAGCAGCAGCAGGUACCACAGCAACAACUACCACAACCACCGCCCCAGCAACAGCAACAGCACCAACAACAGCAACCCCCUCAACCGCAACAACAGCAGCAGCAUCAGCAAGUGCAACAUCAACAAUAUCAACAACAUCCCCAACAGCACCAGCAGCAACAAGUACAGAAUCAUAAUCUUGGCCACAAUCAUGGCCAUAACCACAAUCGGGUUCAGCAGCAGAUGAACCAGAUGUCCCGGGAUGGCAUGGCUGGUAUGCCUAAGCACCCGUUUGAGCAGACAACCCACGACGAGCACGCGCAGUAUAGAGAUCGGCAAGCUGAGAUCGAGGAGCGCAACCAGAGGACGAUGCAGAUGCGCGGGCAGCACCUUAACAACACCUUCCAGCAGCAGAAUGCUGUCCAACAGACGCCUAUUCCUGUGCCUCAAUUCGGCAUGCAGUCGGCGCAAGGUCAGCCGCAAGUGUUCCAUCAGUACACUGCGACUCCUACAAAUAAUGCAAUGUCAAAGGGAGCGUCAAGUGCCUCGCCGGCCACAAGCUCAAAGAGGCGUGGCCGGCCGAAGAAGACAGCUAUGGACCAGACACUCGACCCCAGCCUUCACAUGGGAAGAUAG